AGAGGAAGGAGGAGGAGGAGGCUUCUCUCGCUCUCUCUCUGAGUCUCUGGAAGAGAAGGACUCAGGGAGAAAGAUACAGCGAGAGACACUGAGGCCUAGACAUUCUCAGUACUGUAUAAACUUCGGUAUCUUACUCUGAGAGCGAGCCAUGCAGAAGAGCUUUGGGGAGAAGAUGCUCAGUUCUGAGGUCCAGCGCCAGCACUUCAGGCAGUUUGUCUUCCAGGAGGAGGCUUUGGGGCCCCGGGAGGUUUGCAGCCAGCUCCACAAUCUCUGCUGCCAGUGGCUGAAGCCAGAGAGACACACCAAGGCUGAGAUGCUGGACCUGGUGAUCCUGGAGCAGUUCCUGGCUGUCCUUCCCCCAGAGAUGGGGAGCUGGGUUCGAGAGUGUGGAGCGGAGACAACCUCCCAAGCAGUGGCCUUGGCAGAGGGCUUCCUCCUGAGCCAGGCAGAGGAGAAAAAGCCGAAAGAGGAGCAGGACUUGUUUGUGAAAGAGAUGGCUGAGAAGGAGAAGUGUUAUUUUGAAUCCAGUCAAAGGCAGCGGCCGAAGUGGAUCACGCAAAACAGAGAAGGGAUGUCCUCAACAAUGAGUAGGGACUAUGAGGGAGGCAGAAUAAGGAUCGGGUCUAAGUGUACAAGCACAUCUCUUCACCCUGAUGGACUCAGAACACCUUCUGGGAGGCUAGAUCAGGUGACCUUUGAGGAAGUGUGUGUGGAUUUCACAGAGGAGGAGUGGUCCCUGCUGGGUCCAAGCCAAAAGGCCCUUCAUUGGGAAGUGAUAGAGGAGAUUCUGGGGGCCCUGUCCUCUCUGAGCAGUGAUGGGCAACUGAAAGAGUGUAAAGAGAAGCCAUGGCAAGCAUUGAUGCCAAGAGACCUGUGCAAAAAGGUAAAAGAGAAGGAAAGAAAAACUGACACAGAAAACGAGUGGAGAACCACAAUCCAAAGAACAAUACAGAAACAAAAGAAAAGAAGUAAAUAUCUUUGUCUUGCACAUGACAGAAGGUUCAGUUCUAAAGCAACUCUUACUCUUCAGAAGAGAGUUCAGACAAACGGGAAAGCAAUCAAAGAUGGUGAGUGUGGAAAUGGCUCCAGUUUUAUUUCAGUUAAACAUGUUAACAGACGAAUGAGACCAUUGAAAUGCUUGAAGAGUGGAAAACAUUUCACUCAGAAGACAACCCUCAACUAUCAUCAAGCAGCUCACAGAGCGGAGAAGCCAUUUAAAUGCCUGGAGUGUGGGAAAAGUUUCAUGGAGGAAAGAGCUCUUACUGAUCAUCAAAAAACUCACACAAGAGAGAAAUGCUUUAAAACCCUACAGUGUGAAAAAGGUUUCAUUCCUCAUCAAUCAACUCACACAGAGGAAAAAAUCUUUAAAUGCCCGGAGUGUGGAAAAGAUUUUGCUCGGAAGACAUGCCUCACUCGUCACCAAGUAACUCACACAGGAGAAAAACCAUUUAAAUGCCUGGAAUGUGGAAAAGGCUUCACUGGGAAGACACAACUCACUUAUCAUCAAAAGACUCACACAGGAGAGAAACCCUUUAAAUGCCUGGAGUGUGGGAAAGGUUUUGCUCAGAAGACAGACCUCACUCGUCACCAAUUAACUCACACAGGACAGAAACCCUUUAAAUGCCUGGAAUGUGGAAAAGGUUUCGCUCGGAAGGAACACCUCUCUUUUCACCAAGCAACUCACACAGGAGAGAAACCCUUUAAAUGCCUGGAGUGUGGGAAAGGUUUCACUCGGAAGACAUACCUCUCUUUUCACCAAGUAACACACACAGGAGAGAAACCCUUUAAAUGCCUGGAGUGUGGAAAAGGUUAUAUUCAAAAGAUACACCUCACCUAUCAUCAAAAAACUCACACAGGAGAGAAACCCUUUAAAUGCCUGGAGUGUGGAAAAGGUUUCAUUGUGAAAAGAGACUUCACUAGUCACCAAAAAACUCACACAGGAGAGAAACCAUUUAAAUGCCUGGAGUGUGGGAAAGGUUUCAUUGUGAAAAGAGACUUCACUCGUCACCAAAAAACUCACACAGGAGAGAAACCGUUUAAAUGCCUGGAGUGUGGAAAAGGUUUCAUUGUGAAAAGAGACUUCACUCAUCACCAAAAAACUCACACAGGAGAGAAACUCUUUAAAUGCCGGUAAACAGCUUUGCCUGCAGACAUGCUUGCCAGAUGAUCACAGAGUAGUUUCUGACAAUGCUGGCUCUUUGGCUUACUAACAGACAUGAGGACCACUACUUAGAGUGAAACACGACUUGACAACUUUAUCAAUGGCGAAUACCUUUACCUUCAUGUGGAAAAAGUUUCACUCAGAAGACAAAAUUUCAGCAUUAUCAAAAAAACUCACACAGGAGAGAAACCAUUUCAGUGCUUGAAAUUUGGGAAAGUGUAUAUUCAGAAGGCAUUCCAUACUUAUCAUAAAAACAAUUGCACAAGAAAAAAGCCAUUUAAAUGCUUUGAGUACGGAAAAGGUUUUAUUCAAAACCAUCAACCAAUUCACAGGACAGAAGGAAUUAAAGGUAUGUGACUAUUUAAAAUUUUCAUGUUCUCCAGAAGAUUAAAAAUGUUUUGUUUUUAUUUAGUAUGUGCAUAUUGUUAGUUUAAAUAAAAAGUGUGAUCA